AUGGAUUAUCUAAAACAGGUCUUUGCCCAGUGCCACCGGGAAGGCCGUCCAGCGCUGGUCACGUACGUGACGGCCGGAUUCCCCACGGCGAAGGAAACCCCGGACAUCAUGCUGGGCAUGCAGGCCGGAGGAGCAGAUAUUCUUGAACUGGGUCUCCCCUUUACCGAUCCUAUCGCAGACGGUCCGACCAUCCAAAAGUCGAAUUUGAAGGCUCUCGAAAAUGGGGUCACAAUCACCUCGAUGUUGGAGAUGGUUAGGACUGCGCGGAGAAAAGGGUUAAAGGCUCCGGUGCUGUUUAUGGGGUACUAUAAUCCUAUACUGCAGUAUGGAGAGUCGAAGCUUUUGGCAGAUUGCGUCGACGCCGGGGUCAAUGGUUUCAUUAUUGUUGAUCUGCCCCCGGAAGAAGCGGUUCGAUUUCGAAAUGGCUGCAUGAAGACGGGACUCUCAUACGUCCCUUUGAUCGCACCUUCCACCACCGAAGACCGCAUGAAGGUCCUCUGCAACAUGGCCGAUUCUUUUAUCUAUCUUGUCUCCCGCAUGGGUGUCACCGGCGCCACUGGGACCCUCAACGCAGACCUUCCCGCCCUCAUCCGGCGCGUCAAGGAGCUCUCUGGCAAUAUCCCCGUGGCCGUUGGGUUUGGAAUCAGCACUCGCGAGCAUUUCCUGAGCGUGACCUCCAUCGCCGACGGUGCCGUCAUCGGCAGCCAGGUGAUUACGAUCCUCGAUAACGCCCCUGCCGGACAGGCCGCCCGGGUGGUCGAGGACUAUUGCUCGCAGAUUACACAAAGAAAGGUUACCAGUGCACCUGGUGCGGCAAUGGAGACGAACGUGGUCAUCCAGCCUGUUGUCGAUGGAGAGGCGGCUGUGACUGACGGAUCAGGGCGGUUCGGUGUCUUCGGCGGCCAAUACGCCCCAGAGGCACUGACCACCUGCCUGGCCGAACUUGAAGCCGGUUUCGAGGCCGCUAGGAAUGAUCCGGCCUUCUGGGAGGAGUAUGAAUCGUACUAUCCGUACAUGGGUCGUCCCUCCAGCCUACACCUGGCUCCGCGACUGUCCGAACACGCCGGCGGCGCGAAUAUCUGGCUGAAGCGGGAGGACCUCAACCACACGGGAUCCCACAAGAUCAACAACGCGCUGGGCCAGAUCCUGAUUGCGCGUCGGUUGGGUAAGACGGAGAUCAUCGCCGAGACCGGCGCAGGCCAGCACGGGGUCGCAACUGCCACUGUCUGUGCGAAAUUCGGCAUGAAGUGCACCGUCUACAUGGGUGCUGAGGAUGUCCGUCGCCAGGCGUUGAACGUGUUCCGGAUUCGCUUGUUGGGGGCUACGGUUGUCCCAGUUGAAUCGGGGUCGCGCACGCUCCGAGAUGCGGUGAAUGAAGCCUUUCGUGCGUGGAUUGCGCGCCUGGAGACCACGCAUUAUAUUAUCGGAUCCGCGAUCGGACCCCAUCCCUUUCCGACCAUGGUUCGCACGUUCCAGAGCGUGAUAGGCGAGGAGACCAAGGUUCAGCUGCGAGGCCUGGGCAAGUCCCCGGAUGCAGUGGUCGCCUGUGUUGGGGGCGGCUCUAACGCUGUCGGCAUGUUCUAUCCAUUCUCACAGGACGGCUCCGUCCAGCUGGUUGGGGUGGAAGCCGCAGGUGAUGGCUUGGACACAGAACGGCAUUCGGCUACCUUGGGUCGAGGCUCGAUCGGGGUUCUUCAUGGCGUUCGGACCUAUGUCCUGCAGAACCAGCAUGGACAGAUCUCCGACACUCACUCAGUCUCUGCGGGACUGGAUUACCCCGGUGUUGGGCCGGAACUAGCGCACUGGAACGAGAGCAACCGGGCGACAUUUCUUUCGGCUACUGAUGCCCAGGCCAUGCAGGGAUUCCGCCUGCUGAGCCAGCUGGAAGGCAUCAUUCCCGCUUUGGAGACCUCCCACGCGGUCUGGGGGGCAGUCAAGGUAGCCAAGCAGCUGGGACCGGGAAGGGAUCUUGUGUUAUGCUUGAGUGGCCGUGGUGACAAAGACGUGCAGACCGUGAUCGAUGAGUUGCCCAAGAUAGGACCCCAGAUUGGAUGGGACUUGCGAUUUUAA